UCCCAAUGGUUUUUAGUUGCCCGUAAUACCCUUAGCCCUCCUCAUGGAUUCUAUGAAAUUUGUUAGGUUAGAAAGCAGUCCUGUUUUUCAUCCUAAAAGAAAGGAACUAUUGACACCUGAAAAGUGAAUAAUAAUUCACAUUAAAAUGGCAUUUAUAAAGGCUUUGGGGCACGAUAUUCCGUACCUGCGACAGCAGUUUGUCGCCUUCCUCAGAAAUACUAGUGCUUGUGUCAAAGUUAUAUGCAUAAUUGUAUUUUUAUCGUAUUGUUUGUCAUACAUUGAUCAAGCAGUACUAACUCUAAGUGUCACACCAGGCUAUUUACUGCCUUCUGUCUUUUGGAUAUGGACAGCCUUUACCUUUUGUUUUUUGGAAAUACAUUUUUGGGAGGUAUGCGCUGACAUUAUCACAGUUGGACUAUGCGGUAAAUUGAUUGAACCUCUGUGGGGUGCUGUGGAAAUGAUGACUUUCUUUGCGAUUGUCAAUACUGGAGUUGCCAUUCUAUCGGCGAUGUUUUAUUUGUUUCUCUUCAUGUGCACUGACGAUCCGAGCUUUUUGUUUGAAAUUCAUAUUCAUGGACUUAUGGGAUACAUUGCUGGAGUUAGCGUUGCUGUAAAACAAAUAAUGCCUGACCACAUUCUCGCAAAAACUCCGAUGGGAAAAAUCACAAAUAGAAAUGUUCCGCUGACGGUUUGGAUAAUACUCUUACUAUGGUGGUUGAUUGGUUUGGUGGAGGGAACCCGGCCGACCAUGUUUCUGAGUGGUUUAUUAGUCUCCUGGAUUUAUCUGAGGUUUUAUCAGAAACAUACGAAUGGUACCAAAGGAGAUAUGACUGACAAUUUUACAUUUGCUAGUUUUUUUCCAAACGUCUUACAACCGCCGGUGGCAGUCGUAUGUAAUACACUGCACAAUUUGUUCGUUCGAAUUGGUUUGUGUAAGAAGAUUGUCCGGAGAUUCGAUAUGUCAAACACCCCACCAGGGUUGGUCAUCAGUUUACCUGGAAUCGAUCCCCAAGACAGCGAAAGACGAAGACAAAUCGCACUGAAAGCACUGAGCGAACGAUUGAGCAAGGACCACGCAAGGGCUUGGCAACAGGAUAAAAAUAAAAAGCCCUCAUCGGUGUCUCCGGUAGUGUCUGUGUCAAUCCCCGAAUCAGCACUUCCAAAACCCGUCCCGUCUCCCCUAAUACCGCAACUUAACUUGAACAUGCAAAAUCAGACGUUUGGAAGUAUGUGAUGAGAAGGGCUCUGAAACAAAAUGCUUGAUGCAUCUUGUAAUUAAAACAACAGCGAAAGACUUGGAUAGGGGGUUUGUUCCUGAAUAUUAUGAGUAUCCAGUUAAUAUUAUUGGAUUUUUUUUAGAAAAGGUUUCGUUUUAAUGGAAAUAUUGUGCUUCAUUGGAGGCGAAAACAAUAUUCAUGGGCAGAUUUUUUCGUCUUUCAGUUAUCUUCAGACGUUGCCUGGAGGAUAACUAUAAUGGGAAAAUUAUUUAAAUAGCUCUAUUUCGGAAUUUAAAUACAAUGACAACAUCGAGAAUGUGCAUGUAAAGAAUAGCUAUGGACAUAUUGUGCCAUCAGUGUUUCUUUUCGCCUAUUAUUCCAUUGUGACAGGAGAAAUUUCAAGUUUCUUAAGUAUUUUUCGAGAUAGAUCUUUUAACAUUGUGCUCCCGAAAUAUUACAUUACCUAUAAAAUACGUUGAUUUAUUUUAUGAAAAUAAAAAAAGAUGUGAUUUCGCUAUUACCUUUUUGAGGUACAUUAAAAUAUUCUAAGGAUAUUAUGUUAUUUGUGGCAAUGAAUGAGAUGUAAAUAUUUCCCGUAAAUAUGUAAUCUUAUCUUGUACAGAUCUUUGAGAAGAAAAUAUCACCAAAUUUGUCA